UUUUUUUCGUUCUAGGGACUGGAUCUCUUUUUUGCGCGUCUUACUUUCGGUCUUACGCCAGCUCUGGUUUUUUUUUGGGGGGUUUCGGAUUUCCAUCAGCAGCAACAACUACACAGCUCAGCACGAAAAAAAAAAAAAAGUGCCAGUAAAAAAUCCAUUGGCUUGGAUAUAAUACGUACUACUUUCGCAUCAACCGAAAUAUCGAUCAUUUCUAUAUCGCAACGUACAUCAAUCAACCAACCACAUCCAACAAUGCUCUUCACAACACCCAUCUCGCUGCUCCUCGCUUUGGCGCCAACAACCAUCUUCGCCGCACCAACACAGACAUUCGAUGCGCUAGCGCAGCUUGUCCCCCGCAAAGCGCAGACGUCAGCCUCGCAAUGCGACCUCUCUAAUGCCGUCUUGCCAACCGCCCCCACACCUCUCCCCGCCGUCGGAGCAGGCCUAACACUCCGCCACGUCGCCAUCGGCCGCGGCACACAAAACUACACAUGUGCUUCCGCGUCAGCAACAACCGUGCCCGUAGCCGUCGGCGCCGUGGCCUCGCUUUUCAACGCAACAUGCGACACGGUUAACUCGCCCGCCGUCGUGGCAGGCGUGACCAAGAUCGCCUUGCUCUACUCUGUCCCCUCGUCUGCGCUCGCGGAAUCUCGCUUGUCGGGACACCACGAAUUUACCGACAAGAAGGUCCCGUUGUUCAAGCUGGAAACGGAUCGUGUGAAUUACGGCUACGUUCAGGCCAUACCUGAUGUGGUGAAGAGUAGUGCGCCCGCCAAUUCGGAGAAGGGUAGCAACGGACAGGGGAGCGUGCCAUGGUUGAAACUCAACGCUGUCGAGGGCGAUUACAAGGAAGUCUACCGUGUGAACACUGCGGGGGGGAUGGCGCCGAAAACAUGCGAGGGCAUUAGUGGAGGAUUCACAGUGGACUACGCGGCGCAAUAUUGGUUUUACGCGUGAGUGCCCUGAUAGAGUCUUGGAGCGUAGAGCAUAUGCUGGCGUUUUUGUUGUUUUGUCGUCCUCGCUAUUGAGGGCGUCGUAGAUAGUAUUGCCUUCUCUGCAGCCGCUGCUGUGCUUCAUCGUGGGCCAGUGGUCGCCGUAUUAUACCCGUAAUAUACAUGUUUUCAAU